UAUGAAGUCAUAUUAUUUGUACGUUUGUUCGUCCUUUCGACGCAAUGUUCGGUAAAUAUGUAUUAUUUCUUCUGGGAAUAAGUUUACAGUGUUAUCUAAUUUGUGCGAUUGAUUCUUGUCACACAAGAGGCACGUGUCAAGAAUGUAUACAAGAUUCCAGCAUCUGCGUUUGGUGUGCCCAUAACGACUUCAAUGGACCAAGAUGCAGAGCACAGAGUUUCGAAGGUAAUAGCAGCUGGUGCCCAAAAUUCGUGCAAAGUCCUGCAAGCCUGAUCGAAGCAUCAAGUUCUAAAGCAUUUAGCUCCGAUCAAGACAACAUCGUCCAGAUUAAACCACAACGAUACAAAUUAAAUCUUCGUUCAGGAAAAUCAGAAACAUUUAAUUUCUCUUUUCAAGGGGCUCGGGAUUUUCCAGUAGAUUUGUAUUUUCUCCUAGACGCUUCCACCACAAUGGAAGGUAUAAAAAAUGAAACCGCCCAGCAAAGCCAAAAUAUAUAUUUGGCUAUCAAAAAUAUGACUGAUAACGUGUAUUUAGGAUUUGGUACAUUUAUAGACAAACGAGUCUUUCCAUUUACAAGCGAUACCAAUGAUACAGAUAAAACUUACUCAUUUCGCCAUCAUUUAAAACUAGGCAAUGACACAAGAGAAUUCAAAAAGGUAGUUUUAAACACCCCCAGUGGACUGAACCGUGACCCUCAAGAAGGCGGGCUCGAUGCUCUAGCUCAAGUAAUGGCUUGCAAUGAAACAAUUGGAUGGAGAACCGAAUCCAGGAAAAUAAUAAUUUUCUUAACUGAUGGAGAAUAUCACGUGGCUGGUGACGGAAAAUCAGCUGGCUUGUUUGAACCAUACGACGGCAAAUGUUAUACUGAAAAUGGUACAUACACCAAAGAAUUAGACAUGGAUUACCCGUCAGUUGGCAUGAUAAAUAAACUGGCGGUGGAACGCGACUUCAUAAUCAUUUUCUUGAUAGAUACCAGAACUAAAUAUGCCUACCAAGGAUUGAGCAAAGCCGUGAGUGGUUCAAAAUUAACGGUUUAUCAUUUCGAUCCACGCAAUAAAAAAGGGAGUACUGAAACUAACGAUAACGAAGAAAUAGUGACUCUACUCAAAGACAUUUAUUCGAAAAUAUCGAAGAAAAUUAAAUUGAAAGCAAAAGUGAAGACGGGAAAUAGGAAAAACUUUAAAAUUUCGUUUAAUCCAGACUGCACUUCUGAGAAUAGUAAUCAGGAAUGUGAGAUAGAGGUUGGCAAGGAACUGCCGAUAGACGCAACUGUGCAAUAUACUGGCGCUGAACCUGCUCUCGUCGAAAUCGUAGUUGAAGGCAUCGGGGAGAAGCUCACUCUCGAUAUAGAUGUUAUCAAAAACUGUGAAUGUGAGAAAAAUGUUGAGAACAAUUCCAAAUUUUGCCACGACCAGAAGCGGAUUUGUGGCAUAUGCAGUUGUGAUGAUACCACGUACGGUGAAAACUGCGCUUGUGUCAAGAGUGAGAAGAACGUGUACAAAGACAACUCAUCAUGUAUAGCUGCACCUGGUGAGGAUGUCUGCAGCAGUCAUGGAUUCUGUAUCUGUGGUACUUGCCAAUGCAGGGAGAGGUACGAAGGUAAAUUUUGCCAAUGUAACGUGGACAACUGUCCCCGUAGCGCGGAGAGUGGAGAGGUUUGCAAUGGCAAGGAACAUGGUAAAUGCAACUGUGGGAAAUGUAAGUGUAAGCCCGAUUGGUCAGGCAUCGCAUGCGACUGUCCCAAUACUGUCGAAACAUGUAAAGGACACGAUGGCAGUGUGUGCCACAACCGCGGAAAAUGCUCAUGCGGUUCAUGCCAAUGUGAUGAGAUAGCCGAAUGGGACGCUCUGACCAACCAUGACGUGUACUGUAGAAUGUACAGUGAAACCGACUGCACUGAAUGUGAUGAACUGCAAUGCAGGAAGUUGGAAAAAUGCGCUAAAUGUCGGCAAAGUGGUGAAGACCACUGCCCACACUGUUACGAACUUAUCAAAGUUGAAGUAGUGGACACAUUACCCGACGAUUAUUCGAACGAUACUUUAUGGAAUAUUUGUAAGAAUAUAAACGUAGACGUUGGGUGUUACACGAGCUUCGCAUAUCGAUAUGACGAUGUUAACUAUGGAGUUGAUUUGGUCGUAGAGAAGAAAAUUGAUUGUGCUCCUACUUACUAUUUAUACGGUGGGAUAUUUCUGCUGACACUCCUCCUAGUUGGAGCUGGUACCCUGAUAGCCUGGAAACUGCUGACGGAAGCCCGAGACCGACGCGAGUACCUUCAAUUCCUCCAACAGAACCAAAUAGAUGGCUAUGGGCCUUGCACCAACCCGUUAUAUGAACCUCCUACUACAACGUUUAAUAACCCCGGUUUUAGAAAGAGAUCUGUAGACGUACGUUAAGAUUUUUAAAACCUUUUUCAAGUUCUAUUUAUAAUGUUUGAUUGUUCUUAAUAAUGUCUUAUGUUUGAUUUUGAUUUAAGGUAUAUGUUUAAAUGAAAUUUAAGGGGAAGUAAAAAUA